CUUAAUUAGGGCUAUGUCCUUCCUCCGGGGCUUUCUCUCGACCCCGACUGAGGAGGAAAAUAAACAGGGCGGAUUUGAAACAAUAGAGAGACUUAUAGAGCGGUUAGAGACCUCAACAUUACUUGAUGAUAGAAGGGAUGCUAUUCGUGCGCUUCGUGCCCUCUCCAAGACAUUCCAAGUGGAAGUAGGAACCCACGCGAUGGAGAUACUGAUAAAUGUGAUAAAAGAGGAUAGCAGUGAUAUUGAGGUGACGGAGAUGGUUAUUGAGACUCUGCUUAAUGUCAUGGCUUCUGCAGGAGAAGACCCGCCAGAAACUGACCUGGGAGUACAAUUCACUGAAAUGUUCAUUAAAACUGAAGAUAACGUCGCCCUCCUCCUCUCUCUCUUGGAGGAGUACGAGUUUCAUGUGAGAUGGCCUACAGUUAAAUUACUCAGCACCCUCCUGAAGAACAGGGGGAAAGCGUUGCAGGAACGUGUCUUGGUAUCGCCGAUGGGGAUAUCGAAACUAAUGGAUUUGUUGUCUGACAGCCGUGAAAUUAUACGGAAUGACGGUUUGUUGCUGAUGAUAAAACUGACGAAGAACAACCCCGCGAUUCAGAAAAUAGUGGCAUUCGAGAACGCGUUUGAGCGACUAUUAAACAUCGUUAGCAACGAGGGAAACAGUGACGGUGGAAUUAUCGUCGAGGAUUGUCUGCAUUUGCUGCUGAAUUUGUUACGGAAUAAUCUGAGUAACCAGAACUAUUUCCGGGAAACAAGUAACAUCCAGAGGAUAACACCCUUCUUUGGAAUGCCUCCAAUAGAUGAGGAGGACGAGGAGGUGCCCCCCGUGUGGAAUGUUCAGAAGCAAACAAACAUUCUUCUCAUGCUGGACCUCCUUCAGAUUCUAAUAGGUCCAACAAACCACCCCCAAUCUGUGACCAGCUGUCAGAAAGUAAUGUACACACGUGGCAUCUACAUGAAGCUAAUGGACCUACUCCUUUACCCAGGACUACCUCCUGAUAUAUUUGCUAAGUUGUUGGUAACUGUGGGGGAUGUUAUACGGGGAAAUGAGAUUAUCCAGCAGUUCAUGGAUGAGCUGGAAAUGUCAGAGCGGCCAGCAAUUCUCCUGAUCCUUAUGUUCAUGGUUAACGACAAACAACCAUUCAAAGCUCGACUAGCUGCCCUGUACUGUGUACAGUGCUUUCUGUUUAAAAAUCAGAAGGGACAAGCUAGAAUCGUGUCCACACUUCUACCCAACCAAGAAGAUGUACAAGUAGGGGUAACAUCGGGUCAACUUCUCUGUGCUGGGUUAUUCAGUAACGACUCUGUGGCACACUGGUUGUGUAGUGUAACGCUCUCUCACUGCCUUUAUAACAACAUCGCUCAGCACGAGAACAUGUUACAAGUACAGCUAGAACUAACCUCAGGGCUACCCCCCGUGCACCUUAUCAACCAAGUAUUCCAGAUGCUCGCUAACGACUCGAGUGCGCGCACGAGGUUUGGAACACUAAUGUUGCUGCUACACUGGGUGGAGGAAUGCCCGGGCGCAGUUGCUACACUGCUCAACAACAACGCUUUCGUGCCUUACAUUCUGGAGUUGGUGGAACACACUGACGGACAGGACGCCUCAGCGAGCCUGUUAUCCAGCCUAGGGGCUAUGUUAAUGGGACUAUGUCUGAAGUACAACGACAACUCUUGCCAGCACUACACAAAAGAGACACUACUACACCUGAUUACGCACCGUGUUGGCAAGGAGAUAUACACGGAGCUACUUGACUCAGCUUCAGUUAGUCUGCUCUUCACCCAGGCUACCAAGUCUCCACAUCCUACUGCGGAGAAUGUUGAGGAGCUCUUCCUGGACUUUUCAUUUACGAAGUUCUUUAAAAAACAACAAGAUAUAGUAACAAGAGCGCUGGAAGGAGAAGAGGAGACAGAAACGGAAAACACGAUAGAUUCUCAUGACGAAAUAGUGGCUGGAUACAAAACUCUUAUCAUGGAGCAGGACGAGGAGAUUAAUAGACUCAAGUUCCAGCUCACUCAAUGCGCCUCCCCACCCGUACAAGAAACACAACAGCCCUCCAGUCACGUAUCACAACAACAGAUAGAACAGCUCAACAGUACGCCAAGGAUCAGGAGACGUAUUAUCAGCAGUACAUUGCUCAGCUACAAACCUGGUACACUGAGCAAAUGGAACAACUUCAAUCUACCCAACCAGCCUCCUCCGAUACCAGCCCUCCGCAACACGUGACGUCAUCGCAACAACACGUGGUUUCAUCAGAGUAUGAACAAGUGCUGGCAGAGAGAGAUUCACUGGCUGCUUCCAUUGAGGAGAUGAGAAGAAAUCAGGAGUGUGCAACAGACGAACUAAGACAAACAGUAGCUAACCAAGACACCAGCUUACAACAGCUGAGGUUUGAGAAGCACCAACAGGAUCAGUACAUGUCACAACUGGUUGCUCAGUUGGAACAGAUGAAGAUUACUGCGCAGGAAACGAGUGUCCAAGAAACAGAACUUCGUCAGAACACUAGCGAUGAACUCGUUACAGCAAACUCAACUGUGGGUGAUUUGCGUGACCAGCUUACUGCCCUUUCGGAGAAACUCUCCCAAACAGAAAGCGAAUCAGUCAGUCUGAAAGAGAAACUCUUUGAAAGUGAAACUCUUAACAGCUCGUUAAAGCUGAAACUCUCCGAUGCAGAGAGCGAUAUGAGUGUUUUAAGAGAACAACUCUCCCAAAUUGAAGGUCAAGUUGUGGCAUCUGAAAGCGAAGCUUUUGGUUUGACUGGGCUUUUAUCAGAAAGAGAAAGCAGUUUGAGUUUGUUGCAAGAGAAAUUGUCACAAAGUGAAAGUGAAACAUCGUUCUUGAAGGUGAAACUAUCAGAAACAGAGUCGGAAUUUUCUCUGUUGAAGGGGACUCUGGAAGAAAAAGAUGACGAACAGUCUCAGGAAACAUCCAACACCCAGUCUAGCGAAGAUGUGAGCUCAAACAUGGCCCCUGAAACUGCUAAAUCAGCGGAGGUACAGCUACUCAGCGCAAAGCUUGAGGAAUUGCAAGGGUUGCACGCUGAACUACAAGAGUACAAAGAGAGGAACGUGACCUUGGAAGACGAUAUUACUCUCCUUAGGGUUGAAUUGCAGCAAUUGCAAGCAGAUAAGGUUGAGCCAAGCGCUUCGCAAUUUGUCGAACAAUCUACGGAAACAGUUGAAAACGCUCCAGAAUUAGUUGAAACUGCGCCAGAAUUAGUCGAAACUGCGCCAGAAUCUGAAACUGCACCAGAAUUAGUUGAAGCAACACCAGAAUUAGUCGAAACUGCGCCAGAAUCUGAAACUACACCAGAAUUAGUUGAAACUGCGCCAGAAUCUGAAACUGCACCAGAAACGGUUGAAACUACGCCAGAAUCUGAAAUUUCGGCCCAAACAGCUGAAGCAACACCGGAUCCAGUUGAAAGCCCUCCAGAACCAGCUGAAAGCCCUCCAGAAACAACCGAAACUACUCCGCAAGCAACCGAAACUACUCCGCAAAGCCCACCUGUUGUUUCUAUAGUAACAGCCAGUGGUGUCAGUAGGGAGUAUCUUUACGACUACUCCCAGUGGUUCACCCCGGCGCUCGCUGAGGAUGGUAUCACGUACUACCAGUCAACUGAGGGUCAUUAUUACACAGAGGAGCAGUAUGUGUACACCAUGGAUCAAUAUGAACAGUACUACCGUUCACAGCUUCCAGCACAGGAACAAACAUCUGAACAAACAUCUGAACAAACAUCUGAACAAACAUCUGAACAAACAUCUGAACAAACAUCUGAACAAACAUCUGAACAAACAUCUGAACAAACUCCUAAACAAAGCUCGGCAGAAGAAGUGGUAGAACAACUUGCAGAACAGGCUGUAGAACAAGCUGUAGAACAAGCUGUAGAACAAGUUUUAGAAGAAAAAGUUACAGAGCCCUCCUCCCCAACCGACGACCAGCAGGUGGAGAGCUUAAAGAAUGAGAUAGAGGAGUC